AUGCAGACUGCUUCUACAAACAUUUGUGAAAUAAUGGGUCGCUCUCAGGAGCUCAGUGAAUUCAACCGUGGUACCGUGAUAGGUUGCCACCUGUGCAAUAAGUCCAUCUGUGAAAUUUCCUGGCUACUAAAUAUUCCACGGUCAACUGUUAGGGUAUUGUAACAAAGUGGAAGCAACUGGGAACAACAGCAACUCAGCCACCAAGUGAGCACGGUCAGUGCAUGCUGAAGCGCACAGUGCGCAGAAGUUGCCAACUGUCUGCAAAGUCAAUAGCUACAGACCUCCAAACUUCGUGUGGCCUUCAGAUUAGCACAACAACAGUGCAUAGUUGGCUUCAUGAAAUGGGUUUCCAUGGCUGA